GCAGCAGCGGCCGCAAAACAGUCAGCAUUGGGCGCCUGACUAAGCGGCAGCGAUGAUGGGGCCGGCACCAAAAUAAGAACAAUUGAGAAGCCGAGAAACAGCUGCAGCUGAGUCAGCGAAUUGGGUCUUGGCGCUGCACGAAUCCAGCGGGUGCCAGUUCUGUGCCCAACAUUGUCGCAGCAUGAGCACCAGCGCCAGCGCCAGUGCCAGUGCGAGACCAACCAGCAGCGAUGUAGCCGAGCAGUGUGCCCGCCAUGUGCUGCACGAGCUGAUCAGCACGGAGCAACAGUAUGUUGAGGAUCUGGUCAGUGGCAUUGAGCGCUACAGCCACAUAUUCAGUCCGCUGCCGUCGCUGCCCGUCGGCCUGGCGGGUCAGCAGCAUGUCCUGCUGCCGUAUGUCACACAGAUUGCCAAACUGCACAGAUAUAGACUGUUGCCGCUGAUGCUGCAGCAUCGCAAUCAGCUGGAGCUGCUCUUUGAGCGUUGGUAUGCGCUCAUCGAUCAAGAUUUUUUCAAUUGUUAUGUGCUCUUUGCGGCCAGCCAGCGCACCAGUCUGCAGCUCUAUCACAAGCAUGAGCUCUAUUUUAAGCAGCGUCUGCAAAUCACGCUGGGUGAUCCGCUGGGCAUACGCAGCUUCCUGCUGAAGCCCGUGCAGCGAGUGACCAAAUAUCCGCUGCUGCUGAGCAGAUUCAUCCAGGCAUUCUACGAGCACCGCCAGCUGAUCUCGAAGCGCGUCUUCGAGGUGGCCUGCCGCCUGGAGACGCGACUGCGCGAGCUCCUGGAGCGCGCCAAUCAGUCGGACCAGCUGAACGAUAUCAAGCACUUCAAUGCGUUCAGCAUACUCAACGAGGCGAGCUUCAUCACGGUGGGCGAGUUCCAGCUGAACGACGGUCGGCUGCGGCGCAGCUAUAGCUGCAAAUUGUUUGCAUUCAACACCUGCCUCAUCUACACGGAGUCGAAGGGACGCAAGCAGCUGCUGCGCGGCAAUUUCCUGCUGCCCGACGUCUGCUUUGUGGCCCUGUCCAAGUCCUUUAUAUUGUGCAACAAGCAGCGCGAAUGCGAGUUCCUUUGCCAGCCGGCCGUGCUCCAGAAAUGGGAGACGAUAGUCCGCCAGCUGCUCGACCAGCUGGCCGCCGCCGAGGAGGCGGAAGCGGAGGCGGAGGCGUGCCAAACCGACAGCGCCAGCGGACAGCAGCAGCAGCAGCAGCAGCAGCAGCAGCAGCUGGCGGCAGAGCGCGAUGCCAUCAGUCGCACCACCUGGUACGCCCUGCACUGACCAAGCCACAAGCUACGAUUCUCUCUCUCUCUAUCUCUCUCUCUCUCUCGAAUUGUGAUAUGUGCUUUAGUUUGAGCUGCAUCGAAUCGGACAACAAAAGCGGACUUACAGGCGACAAAAAAUAAAAGCGCUCAAGUAAAGU